UUUACCCUCCUUCCCCUACACUGGAUCGUCCCUAUUAAGCAAGCGCUGCGUGUUCGAUUGGCCUAUUUUCUCUUUUUUAAAUUAAAUCAUCAGAUCUGAAAUUUCUCUCAUUGUGGUCCUCAUCUCUGAUUUAAACCAAGCGGCUCAUCACUGAUGCUACAAUUUCCAACUCCAAAACCCUAAUUCACUUCAAUAAUCAAAUUCAAUCCAAUGGAGCAACUCAAGACCAUAGGAAGGGAGCUCGCCAUGGGCUCACAAGGCGGCUUUGGCCAAUCUAAAGAAUUCCUCGAUCUUGUCAAAUCAAUCGGCGAGGCUCGAUCCAAGGCCGAGGAGGACCGAAUUGUUCUUAGCGAGAUCGAAACCCUCAAACGACGCAUCGUUGAGCCUGACAUCCCCAGGCGGAAGAUGAAGGAGUACAUCAUCCGCCUUGUCUACGUCGAGAUGCUUGGCCACGAUGCUUCUUUCGGAUACAUACACGCUGUUAAGAUGACCCACAAUGACAAUUUGCUCCUCAAGCGAACUGGGUAUCUUGCUGUUACGCUGUUUCUCAACGAGGAUCACGAUUUGAUCAUCUUGAUAGUGAAUACCAUUCAGAAGGACUUGAAAUCGGAUAAUUAUUUGAUUGUAUGUGCUGCGUUGAAUGUGGUUUGUAAGUUGAUCAAUGAGGAGACUAUUCCUGCCGUGCUUCCUCAGGUGGUGGAGUUGUUGGGCCAUUCUAAGGAGGCUGUUCGGAAGAAGGCGAUUAUGGCUCUUCAUCGCUUUUAUCAGAAGUCCCCUUCCUCUGUUUCUCAUCUCGUCUCAAAUUUUCGCAAGAGGCUUUGUGAUAAUGAUCCUGGAGUGAUGGGUGCAACACUUUGUCCUCUUUUUGAUCUGAUAACUAUAGAUGUUAAUUCUUAUAAAGAUUUAGUGGUAAGCUUUGUAAGCAUUCUCAAACAAAUAGCUGAGCGUAGAUUGCCAAAGAGUUACGAUUACCAUCAGAUGCCCGCUCCAUUUAUACAGAUCAAGUUGCUGAAAAUCUUGGCGUUGCUAGGAAGUGGUGACAAGCAAGCAAGUGAGCACAUGUAUACUGUUGUGGGUGACAUAUUUAGGAAGUGUGAUUCAUCAAGUAACAUAGGAAAUGCUGUACUUUAUGAAUGUAUAUCCUGUGUCUCUGCUAUAUAUCCCAAUGCUAAACUGCUAGAAGCUGCAGCAGAUGUAAUAGCAAGAUUCUUGAAGAGUGAUAGUCAUAAUUUGAAAUACAUGGGCAUAGAUGCCCUUGGUCGAUUGAUAAAAUUAAGUCCAGAGGUUGCUGAACAACAUCAAUUGGCUGUGAUAGACUGCUUAGAGGAUCCAGAUGAUACUCUAAAGCGAAAAACCUUUGAAUUGCUGUAUAAGAUGACAAAGUCCUCCAAUGUUGAAGUGAUUGUUGAUCGAAUGAUUGAUUACAUGAUCAAUAUUAAUGAUAAUCAUUACAAAACUGAAAUAGCAUCUCGAUGUGUAGAACUUGCAGAGCAAUUUGCACCUAGCAACCACUGGUUUAUUCAGACCAUGAAUAGAGUCUUUGAGCACGCUGGAGAUCUAGUAAAAAGUAAGGUGGCUCAUAACUUGAUGCGCUUAAUUGCUGAGGGAUUUGGGGAGGAGGAUGAUACUGCAGAUAGUCAGUUGAGAUCUUCAGCUGUGGAGUCAUAUUUGCGUAUUAUAGGAGAGCCAAAGCUUCCAUCUUUAUUUCUUCAAGUCAUUUGUUGGGUCUUGGGGGAAUAUGGAACUGCUGAUGGAAAGUUUUCCGCUUCAUAUGUUACUGGGAAAUUAUGUGAUGUGGCAGAUGCAUAUUCCAAUGAUGAAAUUGUUAAGUCAUAUGCAGUUACAGCUCUCAUGAAACUAUUUGUUUUUGAAAUUGCUGCUGGAAGAAAAGUGGAUAUUUUACCUGAGUGUCAAUCUUUGAUUGAGGAAUUAUCAGCUUCCCACUCAACAGACUUGCAGCAGCGUGUAUAUGAACUUCAAGCAAUCAUUGGCUUGGAUGCUCAUGCCGUUGAAUGUAUUCUGCCAUCAGAUGCAAGUUGUGAAGAUAUUGAGAUUGAUAAAAACCUCUCUUUCCUUAAUGAUUACGUUCAACAGUCACUAGAAAAAGGGGCUCAGCCUUAUAUCCCGGAGAGUGAACGUUCUGGGAUGUUAGAUAUCAGCAAUUUCCGAAGCCAAGAUCAGCAUGAAGCUUCAACUCAUGGUCUUAGGUUUGAGGCUUAUGAGCUUCCGAAGCCCUCGGUGCCGUCUAGGACAACUCCAGUAUCACUUGCAUCAUCAACCGAACUUGUUCCAGUUCCUGAGCCAUCUUAUCAUAGGGAGGUACAACAGGCAGCUACUGUGCCGUCUUCAUCUGAUACUGGAUCAUCAGAAGUCAAGCUACGACUUGAUGGAGUCCAGAAGAAGUGGGGUAGGCCAACUUACUCAUCUUCUGCAGCCUCUACAUCAAAUUCCAGCUCACAGAAUACUGUGUAUGAGGUUACUCCUGUUGAUGGGUCAAGCAAUGUGAAUUCAAAAGCACGUGAGGCUUCUUAUGACUUGAAGAAGACACAAGUUGAAAUCUCUCCUGAAAAGCAGAAGCUUGCUGCAUCUCUUUUUGGAGGUACAUCAAAAUCUGAGAGAAGGGCGUCUUCAACAGGCCACAAGGUUCCUAAGGGAAGCAGCCAUGUUUUAAAGUCAACAGCUGGAUCUACCACUGAUGUUUUAGUAGAGAAAACAACUCCUGUUCAACCCCCUCCAGACUUGCUUGACCUGGGUGAACCAACCCUUAAAGAUGGUCCUUCAUCGGUUGAUCCAUUUAAGCAAUUGGAAGAGCUGCUUGACCCAACCCAACUUGGUUCAAGUGCUAAUCCUGGCAUUGUUGGUUCCACUAGCGCACCUGAUAUUAUGCAAUUAUAUUCAGACAAACCUGCAAGUGGGCAGAGUGGUGGCUUCAUGUAUCCUUCGUCAUCUAAUAGGAGUGAUGACAAUCUUGUAUCUGGAUUGGCAAAUGCUACCACGGACUCUGCUCACAAUAUAACUGCAGCUGCACACCCCUCGCAAUUUAGUAAAGGUCCAAAUCUUAAAGAUUCAUUGGAAAAGGAUGCACUUGUUAGGCAGAUGGGUGUGACCCCAUCAAGUCAAAAUCCCAACUUAUUUAAAGAUUUGUUAGGUUGAAAUUGGACACGCAUCGGAGUUCAAAUCUCUAAUGUUGAGAGUGAUUGCUAUGCAAUUUCUGCAUGGAGAGGUGCCUUGCUGUACUCUCUGCAGUUAUUCAAUGAUGGGGGUUAUACCAUACAAAAAGCAGAAGAGAGAGUGAUAGUUGAUAAAGCCUCCCUGCGUGGUGCUAAAAAUCAGGCACAGAUUGUAUUAGUAGCUGCACAUCAUAUUGUUGAUAGUUUUAAGAGAACCAAGGUUGAUGUACAUGGGGUCUUCCCUCGCUGAGUUUGUUUCUUUCGAGUGCUUGUUAGAACCCUUAUUUUGGUGUAGAGGGUCUCCACAGGUAAAUGGGUUUUGGCGUGCUUUCUUUGUUUGCUUCUGCACCUAGUGACUUGGAGUCAUUUUGUUGUUAUGAUAAUUCUGUAUCAAUAAAUUUCCCUACUCCCCUUUUUUUUUUGAGUUCAUAUAAUGGUUUCCCGCAUCAAAGUUGAGGAAAUAUGAACUAGGAGUUGUAAAUGAGUUAGUUGUUACAGCUAUGCUGUGGAACUAACAAAUGCUGUUUUUUAUUUAUUUAAUUUUUUUCAAUUGCAAAAAUGAGAGUUCUUUGGAUGUGACA